UCCGAUCCACGGUCUCAGCAUUAACCACAGGUUCCUUCUUCCAGGUUGGCUCCGACAACUGUUCUGUUUGCCCUUUAACCAUUUCCCGAUGUAAUAAACAUUACCAAUAUUCAUAGCAUUGACAGACACAACAUAAGUAACUGCAGUGACUCAUUCCACUAUAUUUGUAUCUUCUCUGAGAAGCCAAAAUAAUGAACACCCAAAGGCUUCAACAACCAGAUGAACAAGUAGAAAAUCUUUAAAAAGAGCUAUAGUAUGUACCUCUUUUGCUUCUCUUCCAAGCCAUUGUGUGCCUAGGCACCUCUCUCUCUCUCUUUCUUCUCUUUUUCAUGCUGAUACUUUCGCUUUUAAAAGCCUUCACGCCAUUCCCGACUACAAAUUGCCCCACUUCACUCACGAAAAGGCUUUUAAUUAUAUUACCCUUAAACUCUUCUUUCUUCACUAUAUAGCCGUCUCUCUACAACAACAACAACAAGUAAUAAUGCUUCCAAUGGCGAAACCAAAGAAGACGAUCAUUAAUCUCUCCGACUUUUUCUUCCCUGUAUUUCUUCUACAAUGUAAAUUAUUGCAUGUUUUUGCUAUUCUAGACCCUGUUGAUUUCUUAGCUCUACAAGCCAUUAGAAACUCUCUCCAAGACAUGCCUGGUUCUAACUUUUUCGCUUCUUGGGACUUCACUUCUGAUCCCUGUAACUUUGCCGGAGUCUACUGUGAAGGGGAUCAAGUUAUUGCUCUCAAUCUUGGAGAUCCUCGGGCCGGCUCGCCUGGUCUCACGGGCCGUCUCCACCCAGCCAUUGGUAAACUAUCUUCUCUAGCCGAGCUGUCAAUCGUGCCUGGCCGAAUCAUCGGCAAGCUCCCGGAAUCUCUGUGUCAGUUGAAGAACCUGCGUUUCCUUGCCAUCAGUCGGAACUUCAUCUCUAGCGGAAUUCCGCCAACUCUCGGCCAAUUGCGUGGCCUCAAAACGCUGGAUCUCAGCUAUAACCAGCUCACCGGAGACAUUCCUCGCUCUAUCGGAAGCUUACCGCAGCUAGCGAAUGUCAUACUCUGCCACAAUAAACUUUCCGGUUCGGUCCCUCCGUUUCUGUCCCGUACACUAACCCGACUCGACUUGAAACACAAUGACCUCUCCGGUUCGCUAUCUCCAGAUGCUCUGCCUCCUUCAAUGCAAUACCUCUCUCUGUCGUGGAACCGCCUGACUGGACCGGUUGACCAGUUGUUAAAUCGGCUCGAGCAGUUAAAUUACCUGGAUUUGAGUAUGAACCAGUUUAACGGUAAAAUUCCAAGUCGGAUCUUUUCAUAUCCAAUAACAUAUCUUCAGUUACAGAGAAAUUCAUUUACUGGUCCGGUUCAACCGGCUGAUCAGGUGACAAUUGCAACCGUUGACUUAAGCUAUAAUAGACUAUCAGAUCAAAUCUCGCCAAUGUUCUCGGGCGUACAGAAGCUAUAUCUAAAUAAUAACCGGUUUACGGGUCAGGUACCGGGUAUUUUAGUGGACCGCUUAUUGGCUGCUAGUAUACAGAUUCUAUAUCUACAGCACAACUACUUGACAGGAAUGCAGAUAAAUCCGACGGCUAAGAUACCGUUGAGUAGCUCGCUGUGUGUGCAAUAUAACUGUAUGGUACCGCCCGUGCAGACGCCGUGCCCCUUGAAGGCUGGGAAGCAGACGACAAGGCCUACUGCCCAGUGUAACGAAUGGGGAAGGUAAAAUUAUGAAUUUAAAUCAUAUCAGGGGUAAUAUUGAUUCAUAAAUUAACUUUUUCUUUCUGA